UCUAUGGGUUUUGCAGCGUUGUGAUUCAUAGCUUGUCACUGGCCACCAUUCAGGUUGAUGUUUAACCUAAAGGCAUCUAAGAAUGCAGCACACACACGGUUAACAGUUCAUGUGAUUAAGGAAAUGGGCUAGGACCUGUUCCUCCGUCUUUUCAGGAGAUAAAAUCAGUAGAAAAAAAACUGCAAGCAGGGUAAAACAACAGGAAUCAAACAGCUCUGUUGAGCUUAUAUCCGGACUAGAAGCAUGUUUAACAGCUGCUUGUUUUGGCCACUGCCUGCAUCCCUCAUUUUAACUGAAAAUAAAAAGAUUUCAUUUUCUCCCCCCAUUCCCAAACUUGGCAGUGUGAGCAGUCAGGAAAAGCCUGGGAUUGCACUGCUGUAAUCUGCCUGGGAGAGUUUGACAGAUGCAGUGAGCAAGCAUUCUGUUCUGCCGCCGUCUCUCUUUCCUAGCUCUCAUUCCAGGAAAGCCCAUACUUCAAAUGCUUGUGAGGAGGUGGGAGAGAGUCCAGCCUUAUCCUACACAGCACUGAUCAGUGAGCAUUACCUUCAAACAAGGCUCACGCCCCAAAGGGGUGUUUGAUUUUGCACUGCAACUGACUGGCUGAGCGGGCUCUGUCUGUGUGAGAGAGGAACGGUUUAACAUGAGGAAAUUGUACCUACGCUAUGAAAAGGGAAAAUGUCAUCGAUCCUUUUGAAAAAGCAUGACUGAAACUUUCAUUUAAUGUCUAGCAUAAGCCAGGAUCAGCCACAUCUGAUCUCUUUUAUUUUUAAAGAAGAAUUCAAAACAACGUGAGAAUUUUCUGUUUAUUGCUGCACUGCUGGAGACACACACACAGAAAUUAUGUCAGUAGUUGGAGUUGCCUCCAAGUUAAGGCAGCCAGCAGUAGGAUCCAAGCCAAUUCAUACUGCCCUACCUAUACCACAUGUUGGCAAGACUAUCUCCCAGCAGUACUUAUCCAAGUCUUUGGAGCUUGGGAAGGCAGGGAAAUCAAUCAAUACUUGUCAACUCACAUUAAAGUCAUCUUGUGAACUGGAGGACAAACAUCUGCAAGGGAGCAUCAAGGAGACAGAAGACAGCAAGAUUUAUACUGACUGGGCAAAUCACUACCUAACAAAGUCUGGUCACAAGAGGCUGAUAAAGGAUUUGCAACAAGACAUCGCUGAUGGUGUAUUGCUGGCUGAAAUUAUCCAAAUCAUUGCAAAUGAAAAAGUUGAAGAUAUCAAUGGCUGUCCAAAGAGCCAAUCACAGAUGAUUGAGAAUGUUGAUGUCUGUCUUAACUUUCUGGCGGUCAGAGGGGUUAAUGUCCAGGGUCUUUCUGCAGAAGAAAUAAGGAAUGGAAAUUUGAAAGCCAUUUUAGGACUGUUUUUCAGUCUUUCACGAUUCAAACAGCAACAACAUCAGCAGCAACAGUAUUAUCAGUCACUAGUAGAACUUCAGCAGCACGUGACUCAUUCCUCUUCCUCCUCUGAAACCAGCCAACCCAAAACAGUAGAUAUGCAGUCCAGUCUGACAGCCAGAUAUGCAACUCAGUCUAAUCACAGUGGAAUUGCAACCAAUCAAAAAAAGACUACUAGACUUCCAGGUCCUUCCCGGGUGCCAGCUGCAGGCAGCAGUACCAAGGGUCAGGGAACAGCUAAUUUAAAUCGAAGAAGUCAGAGCUUUAACAGCAUUGACAAAAAUAAACCACCUCAUUAUGCAAAUGGCAAUGAAAAAGAAUCACCAAAAGGCCCUCAGCAGUCUGCAGGCAUGAAUGGAAAUGUGCAAUAUCCCACUAGCUCUGGUCAGCAAGUGGCCUCUGCCAUACCCUCCCCAAGUGCCAGUAAGCCUUGGCGCAGCAAAUCCAUGAAUGUCAAACACAGUGCCACUUCUACCAUGCUGUCUGUAAAGCAGCCCAGCCCUGCAACCUCUCCAACUCCAUCUUCAGAUAGAUUAAAACCUCCAUUAUCCGAUGGAAGUAAAACAUUAUCUUCUGCACAAAAAUCCAUGCUUGAAAAAUUUAAACUUAAUACCAAGGGUUCGUUAAGAUCCCAGUCUUCUAAUGAAGUAAUUCGAGAGGAUGACACCUUAUCAGAAUGCGGAGAAAACGAUGGUGGUUCUAGCUUUAUCAGCCCCAAAGUAUCACCUAAAUUAGCACCUCCAAAAGCUGGAAGCAAAAAUAUUAGCAAUAAAAAGUCUUUGCCUCAGCCAAAAGAUAAAGAUGAUAAAAAUCGGGAGAAAAAUAAGUCUAACUCAGAAAAAGCUGCUAAAGAGGAAAAGGAACAGACAUCGGAAGGAUCAAAAAAGAGUUCAAAAAUUGCAAGUUUGAUCCCCAAAGGAAACAAAACAGCUGCUGUUAAGAAGGACAGUUUGAUUCCCUUAUCAAGCGGGAUACCUAAACCGGGGUCAAAAGUGCCUGCAGCAAAGCAGACCACAUCUCCUGGUUCUGCAGCUGCCAAAGAGCCAGAAAAAAGCAGGACUACAAAAGGCAGUCAAACUCAGUUAACACAAAAAACAUCUGCCUGUGAAAAGGCAACUACUCCCUUGGAAGGAAAAACCCAUAUUUCUUCUGCAGGCACAGGAAAUGGUACUGUGCAACUCCCUCAACAGCAGUACACUCACCCGAAUACUGCUACUGUGGCACCUUUCAUUUACAGAACACACACUGAAAAUGACAGCACUUUAGUACCACCUGCUGACUCCUGCACAAGUCCAACCAAGGGUGAAUCAUCCUACAGUAAGACUGCCAAACAGUGCCUAGAGGAGAUAUCUGGAGAAGAUCCAGAGACACGAAGGAUGAGAACUGUAAAGAAUAUUGCAGAUCUAAGGCAAAACCUUGAAGAAACUAUGUCUAGUUUACGAGGAACACAAAUUACUCACAGCACAUUGGAGACAACAUUUGAUAGCACUGUGACCACUGAAGUUAGUGGGAGGAAUUUACCAAGUUUAACAAGUCGUUCCUCUACAAUGACAUGGAGACUUGGUCAAGCAAGUCCUAGGCUUCAGGCUGGAGAUGCUCCUUCCCUGGUUGGUGCUUACCCUCGAAACAAUUCAGGUCGCUUUAUACAUACAGACCCCUCGCGGUUUAUGUACACUACUCCUCUACGACGUGCCGCCAUUUCCCGCCUUGGUAAUAUUUCACAAGUCGAGAUCAGUGAAAAAGGAAGUCAUGACCUUGACAUAGCUUCAGAGGUGGAUGUAGGAGGUUAUAUGAGUGAUGGUGAUAUCCUUGGGAAGAGUCUUAGAUCUGAUGAUAUUAAUAGUGGUUAUUUAACUGAUGGAGGCCUCAAUCUGUAUACCAGAAGUCUUAAUCGAAUACCUGACCUUGCUGCCUCUCGUGAUGUUAUUCACAGAGGAGUACCUGAUGUCACUGUUGAUGCAGACAGCUGGGAUGACAGUAGUUCUGCUAGCAGUGGCCUUAGUGACACUCUUGAUAACCUCAGUACUGAUGACUUAAAUACAUCAUCUAUCGGUUCAUAUACCAAUGUUACUCCUACAAGAAAGGGUAAUCAAACACAGUUUAAGACAGAGGCAGAGAAGCGUUUAUUAACAGAUUCAGAGCCUUGGUGCAAUGAUGAUUUAAAGAAACAAGAUGAAGACUUUGAUAUCACCCUAGAUACAAGUGGCAAAGGGAAAUCAGGGUUUUCUGAAGAAUCAGACAAAGCAGGGCAGAAAUCUUUAUCCAUCUCUCAGAGUGGAUCUUGGAGGAGAGGAAUGACUGCUCAAAUUGGAUCAACCUCACAACGGCAAAAAUCAGGAAGCAGUUCUCUUAAAACACCAGGGAAAACAGAUGAUGUUAAGGCCUCUGAAAAGGUAAAAUCACCACUGAAAGGUAACACUCUACAGCGUUCUCCGUCGGAUGCAGGAAAAAGCAGUGGUGACGAAGGGAAGAAACCACCAUCUGGAAUUGCCAGGCCUACUGCCACCGGUUCCUUUGGUUUUAAAAAGGCUGGGGUAGGAUCACCAAAUAUGGUAACAGGAAGUGGUGCAACAAUUAACAGUGGCUCAGCAACUCUGGGAAAAGUUCCUAAAUCAUCAUGCAUUGGUGGAAAAGGUGCAGGAAGGAAAACUAGUCUUGAUGGCUCACAAAAUCAAGAUGAUACUGUAUUGCUGUGUAAUUCAAAAGCUGCCCUACAAUAUCGCAGUUUACCACGUCCUUCCAAGUCAAGCACAAGUAGUAUUCCAGGAAGAGGAGGUCACAGGUCAAGCUCUAGCAGCAUUGACUCUAAUGUUAGUAGCAAGUCAGCAGGUACUGCAGCAACAAAACUAAGAGAGCCCUCAAAAAUUGGUUCAGGUGGUUCAAGUCCUGUCAUCAUAAAUCAGACUGAUAAGGAAAAGGAAAAAGUAUCAGAUUCAGAAAGUGUAUCCUUGUCAAGUUCUCCCAAAUCUAGUCCAACAUCGGCAAAUGCUUGUGCCACACAAGGACUUCGUCAGCCAGGAUCUAAAUAUCCUGAUAUUGCUUCACCCACUUUCCGAAGGUUGUUUGGUUCAAAAGCUGGAAAUAAACCAACCUCUGCUGGCAGUACUGAUGGUGGGAAGACCACUUCUGUGAUGCCCAGCCCUAGCAGCACAUCUUUGGCCAGACAAGGCAGUUUGGAUUCACCUUCAUCUGGUACAGGCAGUAUGGGCAGUGCUGGAGGGCAAAGUGGUAGCAGCAGUCCGCUCUUCAGUAAGGCUAAUGAACUUACUCCUGAUGUCAUAAGUUUAGGCCAGUCAUUGGCCACAAGCCCUGCAUCUGUUCACUCGUUUACAUCAGGGGGCCAGGUAUGGACAGCAAAUUUGAGUAGUUCUUCAGCUGGGAGCAAGGACACACCUAGUUACCCUUCAAUGACAAGCCUUCAUACCAGCUCAGAGUCUAUUGACCUACCGCUUAGUCAUCAUGGGUCCCUGUCUGGAUUGACAGCAAACACACAGGAAGUGCAAAGCCUCUUAAUGAGAACUGGUAGUGUGAGAUCUACACUUUCAGAAAGGGGUUUUCUUUACUUUAACAGUAUGCAACUUGACCGAAAUACACUUCCCAAAAAAGGACUCAGAUACACACCAUCAUCCCGCCAGACCAGUCAAGAUGAAGGUAAGGAGUGGUUACGCUCACAUUCCACUGGAGGCCUUCAGGACACUGGUAGCCAAUCUCCACUUGUGUCUCCUUCUGGCAUGCCAUCCUCUGCUGCUGGAAAAUAUCAUUACACCAAUUUGGUAAGUCCAACCAAUCUGUCCCAGUUUAGUAUUCCUGGACCAAGCAUGAUGAGAUCCAAUAGCAUUCCGGCACAAGAUUAUUCCUUUGAGUUGUAUGAAGACUCACAGUUAUGUGGAAGCGCUACAUCUUUAGAAGAAAGACCAAGGGCAAUCAGUCAUUCUGGAUCCUUUAGAGAUAGCAUGGAAGAAGUACAUGGAUCUUCCUUAUCCCUGGUUUCCAGCACAUCAUCUCUCUACUCUACUGCUGAAGAAAAGGCUCAUUCAGAGCAAAUUCACAAACUUAGGAGGGAGUUGGUUGCCUCACAAGAAAAAGUGGCCACGUUAACAUCACAGCUUUCAGCAAAUUCCCAUUUGGUGGCAGCUUUUGAAAAGAGUUUAGGAAAUAUGACUGGAAGAUUGCAAAGCUUAACAAUGACAGCUGAACAAAAGGAUUCUGAGCUCGUUGAAUUAAAAGAGACCAUAGAGAUGCUAAAGGCCCAGAAUUCAGCUGCACAAGAUGCUAUCCAAGGAGCGCUCAAUGGCUCUGAUCAUAGUCACAAAGAUAUGCGGAUUAGAAGACAGCACUCAUCAGAGAGUGUAUCCAGUGUUAAUAGUGCUACCAGUCAUUCUAGCAUUGGCAGUGUCAAUGAUGCUGAGUCCAAGAAAAAGAAAAAGAAAAACUGGUUGCGAAGUUCUUUCAAACAAGCAUUUGGCAAGAAAAAGUCGAACAAACCUCCGUCUUCCCAUUCAGAUAUUGAAGAACUCACAGAUUCAUCUGUGCCCUCCUCGCCAAAAUUACAGCACACUUCAGAUGAUGCAGGUUCAUCAUCACUGAAACCAUCCCAAUCUAGCACAGAGUCAUCUUUAUUCUGGGUACCAAAGAAACGGCAAAAUGGCCAUGUGAUCUACAAGCAUAGAUCUCGGAUUUGUGAAUGCACAGAAGCUGAGGCUGAAAUUAUCUUGCAGCUUAAAGGUGAACUCAGAGAAAAGGAGCUGAAACUAACUGACAUACGUCUUGAGGCUCUCAGCUCAGCACAUCAUCUUGACCAAAUCAGAGAAGCAAUGAACCGCAUGCAGAAUGAAAUUGAAAUAUUAAAAACAGAAAAUGAUAGAUUAAAAGCAGAAACAAGCAGUCCAGGAAAAACAGUUAGACCUUCUUCAGAAUCCUCAAGUUGCACUUCAUCUUCCUCACGUCAGUCCUUGGGACUCUCUUUAAAUAAUCUUAAUGUUUCAGAUCAUUCCACAGCAGAAAACAUACUGGAUGAUAUGAGAGAUGGAACCUUUCAAAAAGAAGGAUGUAGUGUUAAAAUUGUUGUCUCCAUAUAUAAAGGAUUAGGCCGCAAGAAGGAUGCAAAAAGUCGUUUCUAUUUAAUAGGAUCCAUUGGAGUAAGUGGGAAAACCAAGUGGGACGUUCUAGAUGCAGUUAUAAGACGUCUAUUUAAGGAAUACAUAUACCGUGUGGAUCCUGCUGCUAAUUUGGGCUUAACCUCUGAUUCUAUCUCCAGUUACCGCAUAGGGGAUAUAGUUAGAGCAAACAAUUCUGAAGUGCCUGAAAUGCUACCUUGUGGAUAUUUGGUAGGAGAUAGCAACACAAUCACUGUGAACCUUAAAGGAUUAGAGGAAAACAGUUUGGACAGUUUCGUGUUUGACACACUCAUUCCUAAACCAAUUACUCAACGCUACAUUAAUUUAUUGAUGGAACAUCACAGGAUAAUAUUAUGCGGGCCCAGUGGCACAGGGAAGACAUAUCUAGCAAACAAACUUGCUGAGUAUGUUGUAAAUAAAAGUGGCAGAAAGAAAAUUGAGGAAGCAGUUGCAACCUUUAAUGUGGAUCACAAAUCAAGCAAAGAGCUGCGUCAAUACUUAGCAAAGCUUGCUGAUCAGUGCAGUGCUGAUAAUGAUAGAGACCUCCCUUUGGUAAUAAUUCUUGAUAAUCUUCACCAUAUCGGAUCUCUGAGUGAUAUCUUCAAUGGAUUUCUAAAUUGCAAAUACAGUAAAUGCCCAUUUAUAAUUGGGACAAUGAAUCAAAAUAUUUCAUCCUCACCAAAUUUAGAGCUGCACCACAAUUUCAGAUGGGUACUCUGUUCAAAUCAUACUGAUCCAGUUAAGGGCUUCCUUGGAAGAUACUUACGACGGAAAUUGAUUGAAACAGAGAUAAAGCAAAACAUGAGGAAUAAUGACCUUAUAAAAAUCAUUGAGUGGAUUCCAAAAGCUUGGCACCAUAUCAAUGGCUUCUUGGAAACACACAGUUCCUCAGAUGUAACCAUUGGUCCCAGACUUUUGCUUUCCUGCCCAAUGGAUGUGGAUGGAUCCAGAAUAUGGUAUAUGGACCUUUGGAACUAUUCAGUAAUUCCUUAUCUUCUGGAGGCAGUGAGAGAGGGACUUCAGAUGUAUGGAAAAAGAGCCCCUUGGGAAGAUCCUUCAAAGUGGGUAUUAGAAACUUUUCCUUGGAGUACUUUUUCAUCACAGCAGGAAAGCCCAGCUUUAUUACAGUUGAGACCAGAGGAUGUGGGCUAUGAUGGAUAUGCCACUGCCAAAGAGGGAACAACCUCAAAAAAUGUUUCACAGAGUGAAAAAGAGGGCGAUCCAUUGAUGAAUAUGUUGAUGCGACUCCAAGAAGCAGCCAAUUUUUCUAGUGCACAAAGCUGUGACAGUGAUAGCACAAGCCACCAUGAUGAAAUUUUGGAUCCGUCACUUGAAUCAACGCUUUAAAGAGAAAAAUGAAGGAUUUGAAAUAGUUACUGAAAAAAGAAACGUGUUUAUUUCCACUCGAUCACUGCCAUUCGUAAAGCAGCACACUAAAGGCACAGUACCAGGAAAAUAUGCUGGUUGGCAGCAGACAGUCGAAAUAAAAACUGAAGUGGAUUGCUUGAAUCAAUUUAAUUUUAAAGUCAGUGGAGUAGAAUGAGACUAGUUUAAUCAACUAGAGAGUGCCCUAGACAAGGGUAAAUAAGCAGAUUGCACAAUUGUUAGCCAAACUGGAAUUAUUUUGCUUUCCAAAAGGUUUACAGCACAGGUUCUGUGUAUAAUGUGUUUUCUUGUUCAAUGAUAUACUGUAUCCAUUGUGCAGUGCUUUUUCCUAGUAUUUUGAAAAAAUUCACUUCAAACCUCUGAUGUAAUACAUGGUGCCGGUCACAUGACUACAUCAGUGAGAUUGUUGUGUACUGCCUCCACGGUCAAUCAGAAGAAAGGUCCUCAGAGAAGCACAAAAGUAUGAUGUGCAACCAGAAAAUCUACUGUGAUAUACUGGAUAAGUGCCAAUUGUAAUUCUGAACUGCCAUGCUCACGGUUAUGAACAAUGCAGUGUAAUUCAUAUUGUUUAAGUUGAUAGUGUUCUUUGUCAUAAUGUUUUUAUAAUGGCCACCUGUCUGCCCAGCUUCAACUGUUUACUGUCAAUAAUUAAUGAACACUGAUUAAGGUUUUUCUCAGUUUCAUCUAAGUAAGCCUUAGUAGUGAACAAAGAGAAACAUUUCCUGUGGUGCUGUCUCACUGCCUUAAUAUCAUAAUACUUUACCAGUCAGGCAUUGCCCAAGAACCAUUGUUUUAUUCUGCUGCUUAUGUUUUAGAAUUUUACUAAUGAAUUGUCCAUUGAGCACAGAAUUUUAGAAUGUUUAAAACAAGAGUUUAUUACCUUUACAGUCUUACUUCCUUCUGGUUAGCUUCACUUCUUUAAUCUCUUAAAUACAGGUAACCAACAGCACAGGUCUACCGUCACUUCAACCAAGAAACAGGUGGAUUUCAGUAGAAUUUUUUUAAGCCUUCUUGAUGAACAGAUAUAAUAUUUUGAAUGAAUUUCCAGCAGAGCUGGAUGCACUUGAUGAAGCAUGAGCACAAAGAUUUUAGGUUUUAUUCCUUUGAAAACCCCAGCUUAUAUUUCAUUUUAGGCAUGUUUCAAUUCCUCCUAUUGUACAUGGGAUACUUGGUGUCAAUAGAACACCGAAAACAGUAUAGAGUUUUUAUUUUACAAAAAGGGUUGGUUUUGCACAGUUUGUGGGGUGGGAGUUGUAUAUAGAUAGCAAAGUUGAGAACAAAAUGCCUUGCACCCUUUAAAACAAACCAAGCAAAACAAAUUUGUAUUCUCUCCUGUUGGUGUAUAUUUCAUUUACAUGUGUUUUCCGUAUGUUUAAAAGAGACUGAAUGCAACUUCAAGUUGUUCAUUUGUUCAUUGCCCUCUCCCGGUGUGUUUGUCUUGUACUUAAAGUUGUUAUGACUAUGCAGGAGCUGCAGUGAGCAUGUUACAUAACCUAUUCAUGGAGCCAAUACAUUCUAUGGAAAUUUCAGAACUCACAAAUUGCAUGAGACCUGAUAAGUGGCAGAACUGAAAAUGUAUUUGAACAAGUAAAACAAGAAUUCAUUCAAGGGCUAUGGCAUUGUGUAGAAAAAAAUAAAAAACAUGCUACCUUCAAUAGCUAUAAAUUGGUGCUACUCUCUUCUUGUGGCCACCAUUUGGUCAUCUACUGUAAAGCUAACUAUAACAAUUCUAUUCAAACAAACUGCAUUUUUUAGGAGAACAAAUUCCUACACGGUGCUAUUGCCCGGAUGUACGUAUGCAUGUGCAAUGAAGUCACCAUUUUAUUACAACAGCUAGAGACCACUUUUUUUUAAAGGAGGCAUAAAUUUAAUUUCUGGCUCAGAUUUCUAGGUGUCCAUCUAUUAUACAGUAGGUAUGUGAUUUAGACAAACCUGCACAUGUUUUCCUAGAACAGGGAUGUAAAUCCAGCUGUUAUGGAACUAGAUUACCCAGUAGCAUCCAGAGGCUGUAGAUGACUGCUGGGAGCUGUAGUCAAUUAAUAGCUGGGGUUCCACUGUCUUAGCACAUCUGAUAAACACCAGACUUUACCAUGCACAAGACUUCCUGCAAUACAUCUCAGUGAGUACAUGUAGUUUACAACAAAGGAAACGUUUGUGAAACAUUUGUCUGUAUACAUUUUAUAUUUUGUACAUUUUUGAUGUAACAUAUCAUGUAAAUAUACAAAAAAUAGUGAAAAUUCAUCUGAAAAGUUUUGUAGUCUUUGUAAAGCCCUUCUAAUACGUUUUGGUGGAAUCAGACUUAACUGGACAAUGUAUUUUCUAUAAGUUGAUUGUUACUCUAGCCUGUAAACCAGCUUGCAUCUAUUUUUUUGCAGAUGUGCGCAGUGUAACUGUCUAAAUUAUUACUUUGCCAUUAAAGUGGAAUUAUUUAUUGAA